GACUGAGCACACAGCCGGGGGUCGGUGAGCAAGUGCGCGCAAAGAGAGAGCAGCCUCGCCAGCUCACACUCACCACUCACGCAACACCCAAAUGCGCCAAACCAUGCAGCGUCCACGACAAGGCGACGAUUAAUAACACUGCCAUCACUCGGACCUGAGUGGCUUCUUAUUUAUUUCUUUAUUUCGUUGCUGCAACAACUAUCCUCCUCCUCAUCCUCCAUCAUAUUUGCAGAUGAGCGCCGUCUGUGCAUGAAAGGCUCGCUUGCAGGUACCACGACAACACCGGACGACUGGUGGCUUUGAAAGAGAGAGAGAGAGAAAACACCCCAGGGUGCCACUUCCACCAUGGCGUUAACGAUCUGCACAAGAUUUACCGACGAAUACCAGCUGUUCGAGGAGCUGGGGAAGGGAGCCUUCUCUGUGGUCAGGCGGUGUGUGAAGAUCUCCUCUGGUCAAGAGUAUGCUGCUAAAAUCAUCAACACUAAGAAGCUCUCUGCCAGAGAUCAUCAAAAGCUGGAGAGAGAGGCCAGGAUUUGCCGUCUACUGAAGCACCCCAAUAUUGUUCGGCUCCAUGACAGCAUAUCAGAGGAGGGCUUCCACUAUUUGGUGUUUGAUCUCGUGACAGGCGGAGAGCUCUUUGAGGACAUCGUCGCCCGCGAGUACUACAGCGAGGCCGAUGCCAGCCAUUGCAUACAGCAGAUCCUGGAGAGUGUUCAUCACUGCCACGUUAAUGGGAUUGUCCACAGGGACUUGAAGCCUGAGAACCUUCUUUUAGCCAGUAAGCUGAAGGGAGCUGCUGUCAAGUUGGCUGAUUUUGGGCUGGCGAUCGAGGUGCAGGGUGACCAGCAGGCAUGGUUUGGUUUUGCUGGCACCCCGGGGUACUUGUCUCCAGAGGUUUUGAGGAAAGACCCGUAUGGGAAACCAGUGGACAUGUGGGCCUGUGGAGUGAUUUUAUACAUUUUGCUGGUGGGUUACCCUCCAUUCUGGGAUGAAGACCAGCACCGCCUUUAUCAACAAAUCAAGGCCGGGGCAUAUGAUUUCCCAUCCCCCGAGUGGGAUACCGUAACACCCGAGGCCAAAGAUCUGAUCAACAAGAUGCUGACCAUCAAUCCGAGUAAACGCAUCACCGCCGCCGAGGCCCUCAAACACCCAUGGAUCUGCCAACGGUCCACUGUAGCUUCCAUGAUGCACAGGCAGGAGACUGUGGAAUGCCUGAAGAAAUUCAACGCCAGGAGGAAACUCAAGGGGGCCAUUUUAACCACUUUACUGGUCACAAGAAACUUCUCAGCAGCCAAGAGUUUGCUGAACAAGAAGCCUGAUGGCGUUAAGGUCAACAACAAAGCAAACACAGUGACCAGUCCUAAAGACACUGGCCCUGCCCCUGCACUGGAACCACAGACGACUGUGAUCCACAACCCUGUGGAUGGAAAUAAGGAAUCCAUUGAGAGUGCCAACACCACCAUAGAAGAUGAGGAUGUUAAAGCCCUUCGUCUGGGCAGCUUAGUGAGUGGUAUCUUGAGCUCUAAGAGCCGUUCCUCACAGAUGUCUGAGUCAAGGCAGACUCCCACUUCCUCAUUUCAAACCUGCACCAAUAACACUAAAGCUCGUAAACAGGAAAUUAUCAAAGUCACCGAGCAGCUGAUUGAGUCUAUCAACAAUGGAGACUUUGAGGCUUACGCGAAAAUUUGCGAUCCUGGUCUGACUUCCUUUGAACCAGAAGCCCUGGGAAACCUGGUGGAAGGGCACGACUUCCAUCGCUUUUACUUUGAGAAUGCCCUGUCUAAAGGGAACAAGCCGGUGCACACCAUCCUCUUGAACCCACACGUGCAUCUCAUCGGGGAGAACGCGGCGUGUAUCGCCUACAUUCGCCUGACCCAGUACAUGGAUGGCGCCGGCAUGCCCCGCACCAUGCAGUCUGAGGAGACCCGCGUGUGGCACCGCCGCGACGGGAAGUGGCAGAACAUCCACUUCCACCGCUCUGGCUCACCCAGCAUCCCCUCCCAUUAAUGGAAUAUGGUGUGCUUUGAAAAACCCCGACAACAUCCCAUCCCAUCUGCAAAUGCGAGCGUGGAGCAGUCAAGCCACCCCAUGACUGCGCUCUGACCUUUGACCCUCCUCUAAAGACAUGGCACAGGACACACUUAUUCAUACAUUUUACAGUUACGGCAUUUAAUCAAUGGACUCCAUCCUUUCAAUAGACCACCAGCAGGUGGCUGCACACGGUGUUAGGACAUUAUCAAAUGAGCAUAUUGGCAACAGUUUUCUUCUUUAGUUUGUUAUUUUUUUUAUUUUAAAAAUGUUUUGGUAUGCAUUUUAAAUAUAUAUCAAUUAGAAAUCUGCUGCUGUAUCCUCUCCCGGAAAGUAGUUCAGUAUUUUUUAUGUGUAUUUAUGUGCGUGUAAUACAAAAUUAAAAACAAAACAAAACAAAAAAAAAACAAUUGGAAGAUCCGAAUGUUCAAAUGGAGCUUGCUUUAGUUCUGGUGAUGUAUAUACAUUGUGAUUGUUGAUGACAAUUAAAACAACAACGUUGAGAUUUGCUAUUCUUGCUAUCAGAGGAUUUAAUUGGAUUUAUGAGCUAUAUUUAUGUUUGCUAUGAGCUAUAAGUCAUACUGUUUGAAUCGUCUGACUUCAAUACUAGUUUAAAUGUAAAGAAAGCAGAGCUUACACUUUGCAUUGGAAUAUGUUUGCCUUUAUAUCAGUGAUAUAAGAAAUAAGAGAAUGUAGCAUAUAUGUAAUAUAUGAACAUCCAAGAUUAUCGUGUAGUGCAUGGGGCGUGGGGGGGGAAUAUUGAGUAAGUACCAUAUGAAACUAUAAUAAUAAUAUCUUCUGUUUGAGUUGUGAAUCACUGACUUGUUUGUUAAUGUUGUGCACCAGUCCUGUCCCAAAAACGUCCUCCAGUGUCAUGGAACUGUUGUAAAAACAAUAAUACAACAAUAAAAUUACAAAAUCAAAGCUGCAUAUCAAAGGGGAAGGUUUGGAAAAAAAAAAAUUCUGGUUGUUGAAGCACCUCUUAGGUUUUGUAUAAAAUAUUUAGAAAGAAAGCUCAUUUUUCAUAAUGUUUGUACUUGUAUUGUAUGACUGUACAUGUAGGGUCAUUUUAUUCUCAUUUUAUCCCCAGAGCGUUACAUUGCCAAUCGCACAGAAAAUGCAGAAGUUGGUACCUUAAUCAGAUGGUCAGCUUGACUGAACGUACAUGAAAGCUUUGGAGAUGUGGUCAGACAUGAGGGGUUCUCAGUUUUUUUUAUAAUUUUCACUUCGUCUCUUUUUCAGACUACAAAAUACAACAAUCAUCCUUUUUUUUGGGAGGGAGGGGGGGGACGUAUGAUGUCAAUUCAAUACACAGAUCCUUAACUCGUGUGUACCAGUGCGGCAAUGGAUGGCUUUUAAUGUUUAAGAAAUAAAUAAAAGGAGGUAAACAGUGUGAUCAUGGAGGCGUUUCGCUUUGGUUUUGUGAAAAUCGUUCACCCUGUUAUAUAUUCUUUUUAAAUUAACAAAAGAAAUACAGUACAUUCAUUUACUUGGUGAUUUUCUUGAUUAUUUUAAAGAAUUCUAAAGUUGAAAUAAGAGGUAAUGUUUUUGUGGUGAAAUGCUAGUACCCCCAAUUUUAUUAUUUUGAAAAUAUAUAUAACUAAGAAAUAUUUACUUGUAUUAAUUGUAUGUGUUUUGUCCUCCUGAGACCCAGAAAAAUAAAAGUUGCUUUUUUUAAACAUUAAAUCACUGUCUUGAAUCAGAUUGAUGGAUGGAAAAACAAUACACCACAAUAGCUGUCUGUGGACAGUGGAAAACAAUAUCUAUGUAUCUACAUCUUUUAAUCGGAUUACUCACGAUUUUCACAUUAAUGUAUCAUGAUUAAUCACCAUGUCACACUAUGUCUGAAAUCCGCCCGUUUUUACUGUAUUUAGCAACAGUUAGUCCUCAUGUCCACUGCAAAGGUACAAAUGUGUUGUUUGCCAGUAACAAUGUGAGCAAAACCACCACUUCAUGUCUGCCAUUAAAAACAUAACAACUGAACAAAUGUACCCUAAAUUCCAGGUUCUAAAUUCUGAUCUGGUGACAUCUCCUUAGAAAGACUACUAAUUAUUUGUCAGGAGCCAAUCACGUGCACUCGCAACAACGUAACAACAUAACAUGGUGUCACCUUACAGAAAACACUAAACUCAUCACACAGCAACUUAACUGCUCAAAAGUUAUACUUGAUCAAAAAUUCCAUAACGCACUGCAUCUGCGCAAUUGCAUUCAUGGGGCGCUGCAAUGGCGUCAGCCUCGUGGGUUCCGUGCUCUUCUGGCUCCAUCUGGUGAACAGAGGUACCCUAAAUUCCAGGUUCUAAAUUCUGAUCUGGUGACACCUCCUUAGAAAGACUACUAAUUAUUUGUCAGGAGCCAAUCACGUGCACUCGCAACAACUUAACAUCAUAACAUGGUGUCACCUUACAGAAAACACUAAACUCAUCACACAGCAACUUAACUGCUCAAAAGUUAUACUUGAUAAAAAAUUUCCAUAAUGCACUGCAUCUGCGCAAUUGCAUUCAUGGGGCGCUGCAAUGGCGUCAGCCUCGUGGGUUCCGUGCUCUUCUGGCUCCAUCUGGUGAACAGACGCAGAUCUGUUUUCUUUGCUGAUUGUCCUCCAGUGAAAAUGUAUUAUGAGAAACAUUUAUUUUAAAACAAGUAUAAAACUGUAAUUGUAAUAAAACAUUUUUCACAUUGUAACUGAACGAUGUGUGUAACCAACUGCAUGCUACGCUCAUCCAUUCUCUCUCACUUUGUCCUCAAGGUUGUGUGUGUUUCUUCCGUCCACUUCUGCCACCUAGUGGUCGUUUGUGUGGCUUAAAAUUGCUCUGAAGCAAAUGCAUAAGCCAGAAGUUGUGUCAUUAUGUCUUUUAGUCAAAAACGUGUUAAA